CCAAUCUAGUGCUCCAGUUCUCGACGCCAUUGAAAUUCAUGUGAGACUUCAAGUUAAGUUUCUCUGCGGACUCUAUGGGAGCAGGACAAUCAUCUGCAGCGCAGGCGCAAAAAUCUCAUGCUUUGCAUGUCUUACGAGUCACUGCUUCAUCGCCAGCCUCGCAGACGUCCAUAGAGCCAUUCUUCGACUUCAUUGUCGGCUUCGAUGGCAGUGAUGCUUUCUACGCAGAGAGCGAUAUAGAUGCUACAGAGCUUGAAAAGAUAGUGGAAGAACACGAGGAGAAGACGCUUAAUCUUUUAGUCUGGAACAGCAAAACGCGCACAACCCGAGUUGUACCAAUUGUUCCCUCACGGGCAUGGGCUUUGGCACAACAAGCAUCGAUCCCACAAGACGAUGCUGAGAACUCCCCUCAACCUUCCUUGUUGGGUUUGAGCAUGCGGAUGUGCGAAUUCGAGAAUGCGACAAAUAAUGUUUGGCAUGUUCUUGAAGUCCUAGAAGGAAGUCCAGCAGAAAGUGCCGGUCUCGUUCCCUAUGGGGACUGGAUAAUAGGAUGGUCCGGCGGCAUAUUGACCGCGGAGAACGACUUUUACGACGUGGUGGAAGCUCAUGUUGACAAGCCGUUGCGAGUCUAUGUUUAUUCGUAUGACUUCGAUAAUCUCAGAGAGGUCGUACUAGUGCCCAAUCGCCAUUGGGGUGGCGAAGGACUCUUGGGAUGUGUUUUCGGAUUUGGCCUUCUCCACCGCAUCCCUUCGCACACGGCGGACGGCUCAUCAGGCGCUGGCAUCCAGAAUUCUCAUAGUGACCUUGAGGAUCAGCAGCUCUUUGUUCCUGCCGAUGUUUCACAGGGUUCACGAUCUUUAGGUGCAGAAGAUCGGCGCCGUCCUUUCGGAGCUUACCAGCGCCCAAGUGACAUUGCACAUCCCCGUCCCACCCACUAUCAUGAAGCCACGCAAGGGCGGCGACCUUCUGGCGACGUGAUUCGGCGCGAUUCAGCGUCAACCUCUUCACGUCCUGGGACACCAAGGCGGUCCGUGAAUACACCAAAUCCCGCAUCACAGACACCGACCGUCAGCCGUUCAUUUGGCUCGCUCCUCAAUGGUACUGGAACAACAGCGAUGUUUUCUGGCCCAAGCCCGAGUGCCCUCCAGUUCAGUACUAGCAUGUCUACAGUUAUCGGAAAGCCACAAAGCGAUGACGAAGAUGAGGGAGACAGUGAUUUUGAUGGAACGGAAGCCACAGAUUAUGGUAGUCUGACCUCUGUUGAAUGAUGAGCUUGAGUGGCGCAUAAUCGGAUACAUCAGACCAUUUAGAUUCACGUUACUAUAACCAGGUGCACUACGUCGAGCUCUAGGAUUUCGUUCACCUCUAUAGCUGGUCGAGCGUUGUACGAUAUAUUUAUUUACAGGUUCAUUAGUCUUCCCCGUGUGUCUGCUCAUCGAGCUUGCCACCUCGGCAACCAGCAAAUAUUGACGCUAUUUGCAUGCAUGUGUUGAUGUAUGCACUAUCAAAUGUAGGACAGGCGCUUGCUGGACGACCCCCGCGUUCUUUGUUCAUGCCAUCUAGAUGAAAGACAACCGACGGACCGUAA